CCUGGAGCUCCUAGUGCCUGGGAUUACGGCUCUGACGGCAGAGUACACCCCGCGGGACCGAGCCAGAGCAGCUGGACACCGUGAGGGCCAUCGGACACAUCUUUGGAGGGCUCCCGGCACGCCAUUGGUGGCAGCAGUGAGAUCGCAGCCUCCAGGAGUGAGAAACCUCCACCCCUGAAGGCUUCAGCCUUGGAUCUCACAUUGCACCAAGCUUCUGCCCUCACCCUGGCUGCCAGUGCCUGCCAUGGCUUUGUGUCUCAAGCAAGUCUUCAACAAAGACAAAACGUUUCGCCCCCGCAAGAAGUUUGAGCCGGGCACCCAGCGCUUUGAGCUGUACAAGAAAGCCCAGGCCUCUCUCAAGUCUGGGCUGGACCUGAAAGCAGUGGUGCAGCUGCCUCCUGGUGAGAGCAUCAAUGACUGGAUUGCAGUGCAUGUGGUGGACUUCUUCAAUCGCAUCAACCUCAUCUAUGGCACCAUGUCAGAGUACUGCACGGAAAAGAGCUGCCCCAUCAUGUCUGGUGGACUCAAGUACGAGUACCGGUGGCAGGACGAUAACAAAUAUAAGAAGCCAACCAAGCUGUCAGCUCCCAAGUACAUGUGUAUGCUGAUGGACUGGAUUGAGAUGCUCAUUAACAAUGAGGACAUCUUCCCCACAAGGAUUGGUGUUCCCUUCCCCAAGCAGUUCCAGCAAGUUUGCACUAAGAUCCUCACCCGCCUCUUCCGUGUCUUUGUCCAUGUCUACAUCCACCACUUUGACAGCAUCAUCAGCAUGGGUGCUGAGGCUCACGUCAACACCUGCUACAAGCACUUUUACUACUUCAUCAGGGAGUUCAGCCUCAUUGACCAUCGGGAGCUGGAGCCUUUGAAAGAAAUGACAGAACGAAUUUGCCACUGAAGCAUUUGGCUCAUCCAGACUCUGCUGGGACAAGGCACCCCGUGCUGGGAGACCUCUUCCUAUGCGCUUGCCCUGGGCGUUUCAAUCCAAUGACCAUGAAUGCUGCAGAAGAGCCUUUUCAGGGCCAGGGCUGAAUCCUAAGCUUGCCAAGCAUCUCUGGACAGAUUUGUUGUAUUUGCAAUGGAUCCAUAUUGUUGUAUGUCUCCUGCCUUAGAAAGCCACUGACUUACUGGAGAAUAAGGCAAGUUUGGCUGACUUUUGCACAUUGGUUUCUAAGUCUCAACCUCAUAUCUGCAAUCAUUUCUUCAACCACCUUUCCUCUUGUUUUGUCCUCAGCUAUAUCAAUCUCCAAAUGUUUUAUUAGUGAUUCCUGCCCUGUGAGCAGCUGUAACCUUGGCUACUGAGUAACACCUGUUGCCUUUCCCACAUGCAGUGGGUUUGUGAUAAUAUCUGAGAUAAGCUCUGAAAGGUUGUUGAUGUGAUCCCAGCUGCCUUCAUGUGGUUAGUUGCUGAUGUACCAUUUUAAACCCAUGAGCUACAAAUGUUUCUCACUCUGUCCCAAUUCCUGCUGUACCAGAAGGAUCAUUUUUCCCCACAAGAGAGUUUUCACAUUUGGCAGAGGGGACUUUGUGAUGUUCUAAGAUGCAUCUACCACUGGCUGGACUAAUGGCAAGGUGGCCUUAUGACUGAGGAGGUGAACUAGGCCACUUUUCAGUGUGAUCAGCACAGCCCACCUGAGAAAGACUCAGAAAGUGGUGGAAAGAAACUGUUUCCAGAAAGCAACAUUUUCAACAUGUCAGCAUUUUCUGAGAUGUUGUCUUGGCAAGCUCAGCAGAUAUUGGCCAUGUUAGUUUUCCAGCAUCCAUGUGUACAGCAUAGUAAAUCAGGUGGAGAUGUCUUUAAGAGAAGACAUCUAUCUACCACAUUAUUAAAAAAAAAAAAAGCAGAAUCAGUCCUUUUUAGAAUCAUAGAGUGCUUGGAAGGGACCAUAAAGGUCAUUUAGUUCUAACCCCUUGCAGGGACACCUUCCACUAGAAUGGAUUGCUCGAAGCCCUGUCCAGUAUGGCUCUGAACAUUUCCAGGGAGGAGGACAUCCACGACCUCUCCAGGCAAUCUAUUCUAGUGCUUCACCAUCCUCACAGUCAAGGUGGUUUGCUCCUUACAUCUAAUCCAAGUCUGCUCUCUUUCAGUUUAAAGCCAUUGCCACUCACGGAAUCACAGAGUUAACCAGGUUGGAAAAGACCUCUAAGAUCAUUGAGUCCAAGCCUAUCAUCUACCAUCUUCUAAUUAACUAAACCAUGGCACUAAGUGCCUGAUCCAGCCUCCUUUUAAAUACUUCUAGGUAUGAUGACUCCACCACCUCCCUGGGCAGCCCAUUCCAAUGUCAAUCACUCUUGCUGUGAAGAACUUCUUCCUCACGUCCAGCCUGAACCUGCCCUGGCACAGUUUGAGACUGUGUCCCCUUGUUCUGUCACUGGGUGACUGGGAGAAGAGACCAACCCCCACCUGGCUAUGACUUCUUUUCAGGUAGUAGUAGAGAGCAAUAAGGUCUCCCCUCAGCCUCCUCCAGGCUGAAACCCCAAACCUUUCUGACCUUUUGCUACCUGGUCUGUGCCAUUAUUUCAUUGUCAGGUGUCAUAUCCCAACGUUUCCUCCUCUUCUGCUUGCAAUACCUGAUAACUAAUGUGUUCCCUGUGCCAUUUUUAUUUUGACAACAGUUCAAGUGUUUGUGUUGGUUUUGGUUUCUUUUUUUUCCCCCACUAUUUUGGGGGAAAUAAAAUCAAAUUAUCUGAGCCACAGCAUUGUGAUGUUUGUGCUUCCUGCCCUUUUUCUGGGCAAGUUUUGUAUACAGGCACAGCUGAUAUUUAUAACCUGGGACUUGCCCAUUUUUGAGGUAGGGAGGGGAUGUGGCUAGAAAAUGUAAAGAUGUAGGUCAGCAUUAAAGCACACAAGUGAAUUUUUUUACCUAUCAAAGCUCUUAAUUUGUUGUCAAAAUGUUUGGGGUUGGUUGUGGGUUUGGUUUUUUUUUCAAUCUUGUGUACCAGAUGUAUAUUUUUACAUGAAAAUAAAACAGAGUAAAAUGGACACAAAGCCACUUGAUACAUCAUUCCAAUGUUUUCUGUGUAAAACAAUCAGUAAAAGUUCUGUUAAUAAUUAAAGAAGCAUUAAUACUUGA